AUGGGCAAGCCCCACUUAAUGAAAUGUCUCAUCUUACUCUGCUAUUUGAGGGUUUUCUCUGGGUCACUUUCAGGCGAUAUUAACAAAUCUGAUAAAGUACUGGUUCAUGAAAGUAACAAUGUUGUGGAAAUUGUGCAGUGUAGGAUGUGCCACCUGCAGUUCCCUGGAGAAGAGUGCUCCAGAGGAAGAGGAAUAUGUACUGCGACGGCAGAAGAGGCAUGUGUGUCUGGAAAGAUCUUCAGAAAGGAUGGUUCCAAAUGGUUAUACUUCAUGGGCUGCUUAAAGAACUGUGCUAAUGUGAAAAAAAUAAAGUGGGGCUCCUAUCUGGUGGACUUCAGGUGCUGCCGGGGCUACGACAUGUGCAAUGAAAAGUUUUAA